AGGCUCGGUCACUCAGUUGCCCGCCACCCGUCGUAGGGAACGUGCGCAGUCGUUCCUCUCGCGGCUCACACCGCGACGUUGGUUCGACUUUGUUGCCUUCUUCAGCCUAUUCUGUCGCCAGAGGAGAGAAUAGUAUCGGAAAAAAGGGCAUUUUAUAUAUUUAGUGUUACGAUACUUUUAAGAGUUUAAAGAAUACGUAAUCGUACUAUAAGAAAUUGGUAAGCGUGUGCAAGAGAUACCUGGGCAGUUUUUAUCGUGUUCACAUGACGUUGGUUCAUGAACAUAUAAACUAUUGUCCAGGUAACUUCUUCAUCAGUAUAACCGAUAAGACGAGGGUUGUGAUAAGAUAAGAAGAUAAUAGAAGCAAGUUAGUAAGUGCGGGUUGGGACCGUCAGUGUAGCAGUGAGACUCACCGCCAUCACCACCAUCACCUCCAACACAAGGUCAAGAUCACCACCUGCCUCCACCGCUGACGCCGCUUGUCUCCCUCACUGCUGCCAACAACACCACCCACGCCUCACGCCCACACCUCACGCCCACCUCUUCACUCCACUUUUCGCUUGAGGAAAGCCGAGUGAAAGGAAGAGUGUGAAGUCGAGGUGACCCGGUAACCUGGGUGACCUGACCCACAUACUGCGCUGACCCAUUCACCCAUGGGCUGAGUAGUACACACCACGUUCCCGGCCAUUCAUAGUGGAGUGCCAGUGAUGAAUGACCGCCCCUCCAUCUGAAGAUGGCACUUAUACGGCUAGUGUCUACCUAUACUCUAAGACGCCCCUACAUUUAAUAGCCUUCAUUUGUAUCGUCCAUUGACCCACGUCAGGAUUAUUUUUGUCUUGCAGAGAUAUCGGACUGCUGUGGCUAUCAUACUGCAGAGAUAUCAGAAUUGUGGCUAACAGACAACAGUGGCUAUCAGACGCGCUGACAGUCAGUCGAUUAGUGACACUGCCUAAAAGUUCCACGUAUGGCCAAGGUGUUGGCGACGAGUCGUGUCGGUGGAAUGUUCGUGUUGGGGUCGGGGGUAGCGACUCUCAACCUCUCAGCCAUGGGCGACGAAAGUUGCUCCGAGGUCUCCAGCUCGUCCCCCCUAACUAGCCCGGGGGCGCUGUCUCCCCCUGCUCUCGUCAGCGUGGGCAUGAGUCCCCCGACCUCCCUCGCCUCCUCUGACAUCGGCGAGGUCGAUCUCGACUUCUGGGACCUGGACCUCAACUCGCACAGUCCCCCUCAUGGCAUGGCAGCUGCGGCCUCCACCACGGCCUCCCUCCUGGUGAAUCCAAGAAACCUCGCUGCCCUCUCUGACACCUCUUCCCUCUCAGGUCGAGAUGACAUGUCCCCCUCCUCCCUCACCAACUAUGGCUCCGACUCUUACAACGACCUUAAGAAAAAGAAAGGCCCCAUACCCCGCCAAGCGGAAGAACUCUGUUUGGUGUGUGGGGACAGGGCGUCAGGUUAUCAUUACAACGCACUAACUUGUGAAGGAUGCAAAGGUAAGAAGAAUCUUAUUUACGCUCUAUUAGAUUUUUAUAUAUGGAGAAGUGAGAAUUUUUCCCCCCAUCAAAGUCUCAGUCAUAUGAUAAUCUGCUCCGUGAAUCUUUAGGUCAUUAGACUCUUAGUGGUAGCGCCAUAGGAUUACAGCAAAGAACCCGGAUUUUAUCGUGGGUCUAGUAGACAUGAAAUUGAGUGAAUCGUGGGAAGCUGGAUCCUCCUCCCGGGGAGUGACAGCCGAUGACCUCCCCAGAACGGAGUGGUUGAUGGUGGAGAACGUGGGCAUGUUUAUUUACACCUUUAGCCCUUUUUCACUCAACUGUAUAUAGGCAUCUGGGAUGACGGGUGAUAGUCUAUCAAAUCAAAUCAAAUCAAAGUUUAUUCUCUAUAAGGAUUACAAUGCGGGGUUUACAGAUUUUGGCUAUUGUGUGGGUUACAUGUAAUAAAAUACUAAUUACAGAGGGGGCCACUAGAACACCUAGCAAGGGCUAGGCCUUUCGGGCAAACUUAGAUUAAUUCUUAACCCUAAAUUAUUUCAAAUUGUGGAGUAAAUUGACUAAAUACUAGUUUGUGAGUUUCGCUAUGUGAAUGCUUUUGUUUUGGCACAAUACAUAGUUUCUAUAUUGGAGUAUCACAGGCAAACUUGUGACUAGUUAGGAAUCAUUAUUUUAAGAUUAAGAUACGUAUUUCUGUGCUUAUAGUCAAAUGGGUGA